AUGAGCUCAAACUACAUGUCCAAAUAUGAUGAGCUCCGCAAGGGAGACUAACUGUGGUCCAACAACAGAGAGUGGAAGGCUGUUUUCCAGGAGGACGGCAACUUUGCCAUCUAUGGCUGGAGACAGGUGUGGUCCUCCGACACUGGUGGCAUGAGGGAUGCCCACCGCCUGUGCAUGCAGGAUGACUGCAACCUUUUCAUAUACAAGAGGGACAACAAGGUGCUGUGGCAGACAAAGAGCCAGGUGUCUGGGGCCUUCAAGGUGUGCCAUCUGUACCUGCGCAAUGACGGCAACCUGGUCAUUGAGAGAGACGGAGAGGAGGUGUGGAACUCAGCCCAGUCUAAAGGUUACAAGUAAAGAGAUCAAAUAGAUGGGCUGCGGAGAGAUCAACCUCACAGUAACCCUGCACUGUUCAAUUC